GACACUCGUUUUAUAAAUAACUCACCUUAGCCGCACCACUUCUUCUCUAGCUUCCUCAUCUUCUCUCUUGCUCGGGAAACAGACCUUUCAAAACCCUUCAUUACAAGCUUCUAAUCAUGAGUAAGCUUCAGAGUGAAGCUUUGAGAGAGGCAAUCUCUUCCAUAAUGGCUCAAUCAAAAGAGAAGCAACGCAAGUUCGUUGAGACUAUUGAGCUUCAGAUUGGCCUCAAGAAUUAUGAUCCCCAAAAGGAUAAAAGAUUCAGCGGUUCUGUUAAGUUGCCACACAUCCCUCGCCCGAAGAUGAAGAUUUGUAUGCUUGGAGAUGCCCAGCAUGUUGAGGAGGCAGAGGCAAUUAGCCUGCAAUGGAUGGAUGUCGAGGCCUUGAAGAAGCUUAACAAAAACAAGAAAUUGGUCAAGAAACUGGCCAAGCAAUACCAUGCUUUUUUGGCUUCAGAAUCUGUUAUCAAGCAAAUUCCUCGUCUUCUAGGCCCUGGACUUAACAAGGCAGGAAAGUUUCCUACCCUUGUGACUCACCAAGAGUCUCUAGAGUCCAAAGUGAAUGAAACCAAAGCAACAGUAAAGUUUCAAUUGAAGAAAGUUCUUUGCAUGGGAGUGGCUGUUGGUAACUGUGGUAUGGAGGAGAAGCAGAUUUUCCAGAAUGUGCAGAUGAGUGUUAACUUCCUUGUCUCUUUGUUAAAGAAGAAUUGGCAGAAUGUUAAGUGCCUCAACAUCAAGACAACUAUGGGUGCACCAGUACGCGUCUUUUAGGCAGUUCUUUAGUUUGUUUUUCUGGAUACUGGUAGAAGUGUGUUGCCUUGAAUUGUCAAGUUUUGUUGCGGACGACUUUUUUUAUUUAUUAUGAAUUCUCUAUCAUUACAAUGCUAGUUUAUCUUUUUUGGCUGAGAUAUUUGAAUUUGAUUUGCCUGAAGGCUGAAGUAAAAUGUUCUAUGCCACCUUA